CAGACAAUGAACUCCCAGGUGACGGGCCUGGGCCUGGACAAAAUGAAGCUGGACAGUCCCCAGCCCUUCCUGGAGCAGGAGGACGCCGAGGAGGCGGAGGACGGGCAGCUGCUGGAGCCCGAGGCUUGGAGGACCUACAUGGGACGCCGGGCGGCGCUGCGGGAGUUCCUGAGCUCGGACCUGAGCCCUCACCUCCUCAGGAGGCACCACGCCCGCAUGGAGCUGCUCCGGAAGUGCUCCUACUACAUCGAGGUCCUCCCCAAACACCUGGCCCUGGGCGACCAGAACCCGCUGGCCCUGCCCAACACCAUGUUCCAGCUCAUCGACCCCUGGAAGUUCCAGCGCAUGAAGAAGGUGGGCACGGCCCAGACCCAGAUCCAGCUGCUGCUGCUCGGGGACCUCCUGGAGCAGCUGGACCGUGGCCGCGCCCAGCUGGACGCGCUGCUCGAGUCCCCCGACCCCCGGCCCUUCCUGGCGGGCUGGGGGCUGGUGGAGCGGCGGCUGGCGGACUUGUCGGCCGUCAUGGACAGCUUCCUGGCCAUGAUGGUGCCGGGGCGUCUGCACAUCAAGCACCGCCUGGUGUCCGACGUCGGUGCCACCAAGGUCCCCCACAUCCGGCUCAUGCUGAGCACCAAGAUGCCCGUCAUGUUCGACCGCAAGGAGUCAGUGGCGCACCGAGACUGGGCGAGUCUGCGCUGGUUUGUCACCGUGCAGCCGGCCACACCCGAGCAGUUCGAGCUGCGCUUCAAACUGCUGGACCCGCGGAGCCAGCAGGAGGGCGCGCAGAGGGGCGUCAUCCCCGUGGCUGCCUGCACCUUCGACAUCCACAACCUGCUGCCCAACCGCUGCUACAGGUUCACCGUCAAGCGGGCAGAGAGCUACACGCUGGUGUAUGAGCCCUGGAGGGACAGCCUGACCCUGCAGACCAAGCCAGGGCCCCCCGAGGGGCCUGCCCCCCACCGGCUGGGCAAGCCCAGCCCGUCCCUGACCGCACCUCCCGAGAGAUGAUUUUCUAGUAUUUAUCCACUAAUAAAGAG